AUGGAGCCCACUUCGCCAUGGAAAAGGCCCAGCGAUGUAAUGAGACUGCACAAGAUGAAAAAACGAAAAAUAGCGUUACAGGAACGCAUGAAGCAACCAUCUCAGCCAGCUGCAGAGCCAUCAAGCAGUCAAAAACAUGUUGAUUUAGAUUUUUCAAGAUUAUUAGAGGGAGAGAAAAGGAAAAAUCCAUUUUCGAAGAAUAAGCCACAAGAAAAAAAGCCAAGAUUACAAGUAGAUGAUCAACUAGAUGAGUCCAAUGACAAGACGCUGUACGCUUUACUGAACCUGCCAGCUAAAGUACAGGAGAAACCAGUCAAAGAUUUAGACACGGAGAAAUUGUCCACAUUCUCCAAUCUAUUACAGAAGUUCACAGCCGAACAUUCUGUGGAGCCUAUUCCUGAGAAGAAAUACAAGCAUAUACCCAUUGAUUGGGCGUUAAAAACUAAGUUACGAUUAAUGUCACCAAAGCCAUUUGCAUGGACUUCUAAGUUAAAAGCAAGUGAAGAAGCUUCAGGGAUAACUGGCUUCGUCCGCUGCCUCGACACGACCACAUCGCCCACGUUGGACACGUCACCGCGCGCUCGCUUCCACCAAGCAUGCCUUUACUGGCAGCACCCACACCUGCCCUGGCUGGACCUAUACCCUCGGUCCUCGGGGAAGGUCGCAGCGACCAGCUUCAUGGCAACUAAUGAAGAUGUCAAGCAAGCCCUACAUAGAGAGUGGACGGAAAGCUUUAGAUCAUUAUUCCAGUUGCUACGUGCGCGUCAUUGUCCGUACUUCUACGUGUGUGCGAAUACGUUCACGUGUCUGUUCCGUGCGGCGGGAGUGUGUGGCGUGUCGGAGCCUUGCGUGUUGAUCGCACCCACUACGAGAGGAUUCCGGCAAACUCUGCGACAGGAAGAUGUGGAAUACACGAUGCCACUACGGCCAGACAGCAAAAAGAAGCUAAACACGUCAGAUGAAGACAGACCAAAGAAUGCGUCGUUCGACAGUUGUUACGACACCAUGGACGACAAGAUGUCGCAGGAUGGACAGGACAAGAAGGAAGACGAGGACGAUGAUGAUCCCGACCAGUUCCUCUCACAAAUGGGCUUCGAAACUGAAGUUAUUAAGAAAAUUAAUAUUACGCAGGCUCGAAUAACCCACAGUGCAGAAAGCAGUGUGGACAGCGCGGCGGAGUCACUUGUAUUCGUGCGAGGGGCAGAUGCGCAGGCAUUGUUCAAUUUUUUACUCAACUGCAAGUCCAUUGUGAGCCCCACCGGGCCGUUCGCGGGGGUACCGCCUACUUUAUUAUCUCCGACGGCCUUCCAUGGAGGGACACUGCAGUCUUUGAAAGUGCGUGAAAACACAAUACAUUCCGAUAGUAAUAAGUACUACUCAAUAGAACUGCGCGGCCCGAUACUGCCGACAACAGUACAUACUUUGUUCAACGUGUUGAAGACCAGUUCCUCGGCGCAGUUCAGUGCCACCUUCGCACAUCAUCAGCCCACGCUGGCUUUUUCAUGGGCCGCCCGUAAUAUAGCUGAAGAUGAAUCUUCAAAAGAAAACGAGCCAAACCACUUUACCAAAGCAUUUAACAAGGAGAACCUCUCAGACUGUGGUAUCAGUGAGGAGAUGUUGCAACACUUCUGUUCAUCAGACCCUGAUGUCGUGAAACCUUUAGACUGUGUCAAGUAUAACACGGAGGACGACACUUACAUGUGGUGA